CGUCGUGCUAGACCGGUAUCGGCUAUAGGCGAGGAAAGACAGUGCGAGGUACACUACAGAUUAGUACGCUCCGGCAGUUGGUGCUUGGCGUGCAGAAACUCAACUCGGCUGUAAAUCUUUUUCUUCUCCUUUUGCUUUCAAUUGCGCGCUGUGCAUUCCGCAAGCCAGGCGGGACGAGUCAGGAGGACGCGUUGCGACGUUCCUCCGAUUUUCCGAUGCUAAGUAUUCCCCGUUGUGACUGUACCGCGUGCUCGUAGAAACUCAAAAGGAAACUUUUACGUGUCUUAUAUCGGGCGCAGUGUUGAUAUCUCGUGGCUGAAAAAUGGAGAUUUGCAACGGGCAGGAUCGAUUGUUCGAUGUGCCUCGCGGAAAACCGUCGUGUCUCGCCGAGAAUGGGCAGAAACUUCGACGAGAAGAAGUUUUCACCCUCCGAGAACUUAUAGAUGCACUGCACGAAGCUUUCGAGACGGAUCACGUGAAUAUCGAUCACGUCCAAGACCUGAUGAUGAGUUACAAGAGUAAUCCCGCGGAGUGGAAGAAAUUUGCCAAGUUUGAUAGAUACAGAUAUACAAGGAAUCUGGUUGACGAAGGAAAUGGCAGGUUCAAUCUCAUGGUGCUGUGCUGGGGAGAAGGUCACGGAUCAGCCAUACACGAUCAUGCGAAUGCGCACUGCGUAAUGAAAAUUCUUCAAGGAAAACUGUGCGAGACUAGAUACGCAUGGCCGACCAAAUCUGAGACGGAAGAAGGCGUGGAAGAGCUUAAAGAACUUGAGAAAAAUACUCUUGAUAUGAACGAGAUUUGUUACAUUAAUGAUACAAUGGGCUUGCACCGUGUCGAGAACCCAAGUGCGACGAACCCUGCCGUUUCCUUGCAUCUAUAUUCGCCACCGUUCUCGACGUGCUCGGUCUUCAACAAGCAAACUGGACAAAAGUCUACGUGUAAAGUCACAUUCUGGUCCAAGUACGGAGAAAGAAGAAACCGAGAAAUUCAAGACGCUAGAUCUCCGGAGGAUAACUAGUCUCAGCAAGGAUGCGGGAGCGCUACCAGUGACAUUCCAAUUAAGUUUAGGAGCGAUUCUGAAGUUAGAAGUGGUGACAUAUGUAUAAAGAAUAAGAUAAAUCAAUUAAUCAUUAUAUUAUAUAAUUAAAAAAUUUGUUUAUUGUUAUUAUAAUAUGAUACUCGUCGAUGUAAUCAUUUUUAAGUAUUUAAGCAUAUUUUUAAGCAAAAAUUAUCUACAUAUUCGUGCGUUAUCUUUUUACAAAAUUAAGUUAAAUUGUUAAUGUGUGUGUGCUAUUGAAUAAAAAUAAGCACGUGAAAAAAUGUAUCUAUUUUGACGAA